CGUGACUCUCUUUCUUAUUGUUUAUUUGGUGCUGCUAUCCCGUGUCGUUUCCAUCGUCAAGGCGUUUCGGCCUCGUCGAUCACAUUAAUGACCACGCCGGUACUCUUCACUAAAAGAACAUGUUGUCAUCUGCUCAUUUCUUUCCACUGUGACGCUUGCCAAUCCCGCCAGCGCAAUUGAGGAGAAAACGAAACAAAAAACGAAGGGAAUAGAAAGAACUGUGACGGAAGUAGAACUUACGCCGAUGUAUAGUACCACCUCGAGUCGUCUGUUCUGCUGCUGUGAGUCUUGAUAAUAGCGGCCACUCAUUCGUGCUGAUUUUCGUGCGGAGAUUGGGUCUACGUUGCGCAGAACAUCAGUAAUUUUUCCCCUACACAACUUUCCACCGCUUCGCCCAUCAUGCCGGAAGUUCUGCGCCUGCCGGCGAUGAUCCCGUACUACUGCCAUCGGCAGGCUCCGGAUCCGAUCACGGUGAAUAUCAAAUGCAAAUAUGUCUGGGUCUGGAAGAACGCAACUUGUCAUGCUAAUUCUGGAUAGUGCAAAAAUCUGUGUUGCAUGAUCACCAAAAGCUGUCCACUUUUGACCAAGCUGAGAGGUAGUUUCUCAUGCAGACGAGGCAUGAUAGAGGUCGGCGUCGGGGAGAAUCUGUCAUGCUGGGUCAUGUAUGACAGACCUCACGCGUCAUGAAAAACCUGCAUGACAAGUCUUCCAACAUUCCAGACCCAGACAUAUUUGCAUUUGAUAGCGAAUCUGGAAACGCAGAGCUCCUCUUCUUCAAGCUCGAAGAAAAAGGAAUCCUACGGGAGUCGAAUAGGUACUUGAGCUACACCGUGUAGAAGUUCCUGAAAUUUUUCUUUUUACGAUGCGUAGUGCAAGGCCGCGGGAGCACAAAUCGUUGUCAUGACUCCAAGAACGAAGGGUGAAUAAAGGAAAACAAUAAAACUUAAACCACAUCAAAACAGCGAAACAGCAGAAGUGCGCGUUUGACAACUUAGAGCAGGCCUACUGGUUUGGUGGCCGCGACGAGCGGUUCCGCACGAAGCGCCCCGAGCGGUUUGUCAUGCUGCCGCAGCUGACCUUGGAGAAUGUGAAGCUCUUUCUGGUGCACUACCACGGGUCGUUGCGCAACGCCUUUAACUAUCAAAAUGAAAAAUCCCCCCUCCUCGUAUCAAAAUGGAAAUUUGUGAUGCUGAUUUGUGGUCAAAAAUCAUUUUUGUCUUGCCUAUAGGGCCAAAAUGAGCUAUGUGGGUCAUUCCAAAGUCAAUCUGUCAUGCGCUUUCGGCUACUGCAAACCUGUUUACCAUGGGUAAUUGCUAGAAGCCUUCUGCAUAGUACCCAAACAGGCUCCGACAAUGCCGCCAAGCACUUUCUGCAAGAGAAAUCAGAUCUGUGUACGCAAAUCCAGCAUCAGCAACUUCGUUUUGAUCAUAUGGGGAAGAGGGAUUUUUCUUCACAAUAUUAACGCGAUGGAUUUCAUUCGAAACGGGUCGAUAUCGCCGAUGGAGUGGUCCGAAUCCGUGUGGGGGAUGAUAAGGAGCAAGCGGGGGCAUGACAUGGACCAACACAAUUUCAGUACACUGUUUUAUUGUUGUAGUACCGAUCUUCGGGCAUCGGCAUGCGCAUGAGCAUGACAGAGUCUGUUUCUCAACCCUGGUUCGCAUGACAAAUCGUAUUACUAUUAUCCAAGAACUCACCUAAUAAAACAAAAACUACCCAGCCGAGCUUCCCCGACGGCAGUACGAUAUCAUGAUGAACAAACUGUUCCGCCUUAUCGACUUUGACGGCAGUGGCGAAAUCUCGUUUGACGAAUUCUCCAUACGCAGUGCAAAAGUAUCGUAUGUAGUGAGGUCACCGAACGGUUCUAGCCAGGGAGUUUUUUUGACAGCUACCCUCAAAAACGGCCGGCAGUUUUCAAGCGGCCGGAAGCGUUUUUUGACAUAAAACAUUUUCAAUUAUCAAGUGAGCGGGGCUUUGCCAUCAACCAAGCCCGGUCGAAAACUAUCGAUUCGCACUUGAUAAAACGACACAGGGGAGCCGGCAAAAGGGGCGCCCUUCUGAGGCGCCCACCGCCUUGGUUUCUGGCGAUUUGGGGCGCCCAAAAAGGGGCGCGCAAAAAACGCGCCCAAAAUCAGAACAGCGAAACAGCAUGGCACGGCCGCGAUUUCGGAGCAUUUUGGGCCGCCGCUAAAGCGGCCGCCUUUUCGCCGGUUUUAGAGCCUGGGAAGCUUUUCAAAAAGCGCCGGCGUGAAAAAUAAAAACGCGAAAAAUAAAAAGCGCGCAAGACGCGCAAAGCCAAUCCGCAUGCUAUCGGCCCGGUUUUUCUUCGCUUUUUGGGCGCCCCAUGUGGCACCCGGAUCGGCCCCAUAGCAUCGGGGCUGGCUUUCGGAAAGGAAUUUUGGAAAUGUGCCAAAAUUUGCGACGUUUCCCAUGUGGCCGCCAUACCGUGCGGCAUAACGUUACUCGCGGUGGUAUGGCGAGCCCAUAAAAAGCAAAGCCGCGGCCAAGACUUCGGUCGGCAAAAAAACGCCCACGACCUCACUACCCCCGCCCCGGCGGCUAUAUUUGGUACUCGUAAUAUAAAUGCAUUACAAAUUUCCUUAGCGUGAGAAAUGCAAAUGAAAUUUGUAAUGCUGAUUUACCUUAAGAGAAAGAUGUGUAAUGCAUGAUUGCAAUACGAGUACCGUGCGAUACUUUUGCACAGAAUACUCCAAUGCGCACGACGAGGUGUUUCACAACCCGCACAUGUUCACGAACCAGCGCGACAAGGAGAUGGAGGAAGCACUGCACGCGACCACGUUAGCGGAUGAGCUAGAGGAGCAGCGGCGCAUAUCCCACGAAAAAACUGUUUCACUGUGAUGAUUUUGCAAGAUCUGCAUCACAAGUUUGUUACACAUGACACUGAAAAUCUGUCAUGCGCGCUUCCCGAGGGAAAACACGCUUGAAAAUCCAAUGUCUUGCAGGUGUAGCAAGACAAAUACUUCUGUGUUCCAUUUUCUGCAUCACAAGUUCACAGUGAAACAGUUUUUUCUUGCGAUAGCGCAAGGACCACAUGCGCUCGGAAAUGGGAAACACCCGGAGUAGCAAGACGGUGAGCAACGAGGAGUUAUUACUUCGGGGGUUCUAUCAAAUGCAAAAAUGUCUGGGUCUGGAACUUUGCUCGACUUGUCAUGCAGGUUUUCCAUGACCCAUAUGAUCUGAAAUGGAGGACCUAGCAUGACAGAUUCCUUGAGAUCACUAUCAUGCGUAUCCUGCAUGAGAAACUGCCUCUCAACUUGAUCAAAAGUGGGCAGCAUUUGGCAAUCAUGCAACACAGAUUUUUGCGUGAUUCAGAGUUAGCAUGACAAGUUCCAACCUUCCAGACCGAGACAUUUUUGCAGUGCAUAGAUUGUCGCAAGAAGAGAUUGAGAUCGACGAGGACGAGAAGAACCGCCGCGCCUUCACCGCAGUGUUACUGUCGAAAUACGAGAAUUACGCAUUGCAAAAGUACUAUGUAUCGUAGUAGUAUGAAUUCUUGCAUCAAAAAGUUAGAAGUUUCUUUUAUCAGGAAAAGGUGGUCUGUCAUGCAGGCACAGAAAAAAGUAGAGGAUUUGUCAUGCUGUAUUGAAGGUGCAAAGUGCGGUCGUAGUACUUUUGCGCAGCAUAAACACUUCGACGAGGCGUUCAAACAACUAGACGUGAACAAUUCCGGUGGGUUGUCCCCCGUGGAGUUCCAGACCUAUGCCUGUGCAAAUAUGUCUGGGUCUGGAAGAAUCCAAACUUGUGGUCAUGCUAAAUCUGAAGCGUGCAAAACCUGUGCUGCGUGACGCGCAAAAGCUACUUCUACCCACUUCCUGCCACCAAAAAGGCGAAUUUCUCAUGCAGAAUAGGCAUUAAGAAGCUGCUACAAGAAACAGAUUUGUGAUGCUACCGGGUGCAGCAUUCUUUCCAGACCAUCUUCGCUGUCCACGAGAUGCGUGACAAACUUUUGUCUCUACUUCCAGAUAUCCAGACAUAUUUGCACUGGAUAGGACCGCCUGCCAGCGGAUUCGGUUCGAGGGGGAGUGGCGGCCGAUUUUUCAGCACUUAGACCAAGAUAAAGACGGGGAGGUGUUGAAGUCCGACUUCACCAUACUCGUGCGGCCACCGAAAAAGGCGAUAGACGCGGCGCGAAAGGCCAGUGAAGACUUCCGGAACUAUCGCAAGAAAAAAGGGUUUCACUGUAAACUUGUAAUGCAGAAAGUGUAUCUGAGAAGUGUUUCUCUUGCUACACAUGCAAGACAAUGGCUUUUUAGAUGUGUUUUCCCUCAGGAAUCUCGCAUGGCAAAUUUUCCCUGUAGUGUAGAACAAGCUUGUGAUGCAAAAUGACUAUGCAAAAUCCUUACAGUGAAACACUUUUUUCGUACGAUAGGAACUAUUCGAAAUUUAACGCGGAAAAGGGAACCAUGAAGCCAGAAUCGCUCCUGCCGAGACAUGUACUAUUUGCGUUUCCUAUUCCAGUUUGAAAGAACAAGAAGCUGUUUCGUUAACCCCUAGCUAGGUUUUUAGUGCAGUGAGAGUUCUGAUGCUGUCCUCGUUGUGAAUCUAGAGUAAGACGAACAACAAACAGCGGCUCGUCAUAACUUUUUGCUUCAGACAAAUUUAUUUGUUUCUGUGGUCACUUACGCCUGCUGCGCAUGACAAAUGAAACAAAAUCAUUCUCGUCCUAGGUCUACUUCCGGCGGAACCUGCCCCACUUGGACAAGCAGUUGGGCACUUUCUCCCGCCUCCCCUGUCGCCGCAUGGACACGGCGUUCCAACCCUCGGAGCUGCCCGGAACGGACACGAUGAAUUACUCGCCGGAUCUGGGUCCCGGGUCGUACAUUCUCCCCUGGGAUGAAGAUUUUGAGUACGGGAAGGAAAAAAAAUCGAAGGCCAAGCUCGUCGGCAGAGUUACGAAAUCAGCGGGGAACAGCCCCAGUGACGAUUCCGAGCCGGUGGGAUCUAGUACAACCUCGAGCAGAGGGAGACCGCCAUUCAACAAGUAUUUCUGAGUGACAUAAGUCACAGCAUAGGUCGGUGGGCGAAGCAGUGGGGCGGCUCUGCACGGUAUUUUUCCGAGCUGCUCGUGACAAGAAGGUUAAAAGCAAAUUAAGACGGAUGGAAAUUUCUUUUUAACAAGUUGGAAUGAUUGACUGACUUUGUAAAAUUAUAUGGUGACAGCACGAAGAAUAAUGACUAAAGUAAGACAGACGAAGACGCAGAUGAGUAUAUAUUGCUGUUGACAGCUAGAAGGAGAAUAGGAAUCAACACGAACAGCUGCAGAGCGAGCAAUUAAUGCUAGUAGACAAACUUUUGAAGUUUGACAAGUUCUACAAAAUCUCCUGUACCUUGCUUGUAUCAAAAAUGUGGAACUUAUUGCAACACUCUACUUUUGAGUGUUGCAAAUCGAAUGAACUCCUAUACGUAAUUUUGUGCUUGAAAAUAAGAUAAAAAAAAAAUGAUUACGCGUACCCGCGCGCAGUUCGAAGAUGCCGCUUUUAU